AAUUUUAAAAACGAUUUUCAUCUCUCCCUUUCUUUAUAAGUAUACGUCUCAGACGUUCCUUUAAGAGCUUCUGGCUUCAUCGUCUUUUUCUCUUCAUUCAAAUCUCAGACAACAGUUUACAUGCAUUUGCUCACUUGAAUCUCCUCAUAAGCUUCAAACUUUAUUGUUUUCUUCAGAAAGACAUGCAAUAGAUAGAUCUUCUGAUAAAAAAUACCUCGUGAUUAUCGUUUUUUUUCAAGUAUUUCAUAGUCUUCUUCUUCACACAAAUGCAGAAGUUUCUGAAAGCUUAGUGUAACGCUUGAUCAGCAGGAUUGUACCGAAGAAGAACGAACAACAACAAACAAGAGAGAGAAAGCAAAAGAAUACUCUUUUUAGAAUAUAUAUAUAAAAAAGAAGAAACUUGAUGGCUCCGAUGACGAACUGGUUAACGUUUUCUCUGUCACCAAUGGAGAUGUUGAGGUCAUCUGAUCAAUCUCAGUUUGUGUCUUAUGACGCUUCUUCGGCCGCCUCCUCCUCUCCUUAUCUCCUCGAUAAUUUCUAUGGCUGGACGAAUCAAAAGCCUCAGGAAUUAUUCAAAGAAGAAGCUCAGAUAGCAGCUUCAAUGGCGGAUUCAACAAUCCUAACAACAUUCGUCGACCCACAAAACCAUUCAUCACAGAAUCACAUCCCCAAGCUCGAAGAUUUUCUCGGCGACUCUUCUUCAAUCGUCCGUUACUCCGAUAACAGCCAAACCGAGACACAAGACUCUUCCCUCACUCAAAUCUACGAUCCACGUCACCACCACCAAACCGGGUUUUACUCCGACCACAACCACGAUUACAAAGCCAUGGCCGGUUUUCAAACCGCCUUCUCUACCAACUCCGGUUCAGAGGUCGAUGACUCAGCCUCCAUCGGACGGACACAUCUCGCAGGGGAGUAUUUAGGACACGUGGUCGAAUCUUCUGGUCCGGAGCUAGGUUUUCACGGUGGAGCUGCCACCGGAGGAGCUUUGUCACUCGGGGUUAACAUUAACAACGCUAAUCGCAGGAGUAAUGAUAGUAAUCAGAUCACUGAUCAUCAUUACCGAGUUAGUAACAAUGGUGAGAGAAUCAACAACAACAGCGAGAAGACGGAUUCUGAGAAGGAGAAGCCUGUUGUGGCGGUGGAAACAUCUGAUUGUUCUACUAAGAAGAUCGCUGAUACGUUUGGACAAAGGACUUCGAUUUACAGAGGAGUUACUCGACAUAGAUGGACGGGAAGAUAUGAAGCUCAUCUAUGGGAUAAUAGCUGUAGGAGAGAAGGUCAGGCCAGGAAAGGACGUCAAGUGUACUUGGGUGGAUAUGACAAAGAAGAUAAGGCAGCUCGAGCUUACGAUUUAGCAGCUCUUAAAUAUUGGAAUGCUACUGCUACCACCAAUUUCCCUAUCGCAAACUACUCGAAAGAACUAGAGGAAAUGAAGCACAUGACCAAACAAGAGUUCAUUGCUUCCCUUAGGAGGAAGAGUAGCGGAUUCUCAAGAGGAGCUUCGAUAUACAGAGGUGUGACAAGGCAUCAUCAACAAGGACGUUGGCAAGCAAGGAUUGGCCGUGUUGCCGGGAACAAAGAUCUUUACCUCGGAACCUUUGCAACGGAAGAGGAAGCAGCUGAAGCAUACGACAUAGCAGCGAUCAAAUUCAGAGGAAUAAACGCUGUGACCAACUUUGAGAUGAACCGUUACGACGUUGAAGCCAUCAUGAAGAGUGCACUUCCCAUCGGUGGAGCAGCAAAACGUCUUAAGCUCUCUUUAGAAUCUGCUUCAUCAGAGCAGAAACCAGUCAUCGGUCAUCAUCAACUCCACCAUUAUCAGCAACAACAGCAACAGCAACAGCAACAGCUUCAGCUUCAGUCAUCUCCUAAUCACAGUAGCAUAAACUUCGCUCUCUGUCCUAACUCAGCUGUUCAGUCUCAACAAAUGAUUCCUUGUGGGAUCCCUUUUGAAGCAGCUGCUCUUUACCAUCAUCAACAGCAACAGCAACAGCAACAACAGAACUUCUUCCAGCAUUUUCCGGCGAAUGCAGCUUCUGACUCGACCGGGUCUAAUAAUAAUAACUCCAACGUUCAAGGAUCAAUGGGACUUCUGGCGCCAAAUCCGGCUGAGUUCUUCCUCUGGCCUAAUCAGUCUUACUAAAAAAUCAAUCAUGUGAUUUGGUUGUAGUUUUAAUCCUUGAGAUCUUCAAGGGGAUACAACUUCGUUCUCACUGCGCUAAUCUUCAUCUUCUUGAUUCUGGCUAACCCUUAAGCUGACUAGAAGGAUCUGAAAAAUCUCACUUGCGUCUCUCUUUCUUUCUUUCGUUUUCUUUUUGUUUCAUUAACUGUUGUUUUAGGCAAGAGUAGAUUGGGGGGUGAACUGAAAAGUGGAAGAAUCGGAAAAAGGUUGGGGUCAUUAUUAUGUAUUAAACGUAAACUCGGUGGCUGAAAGUGAUAGGUUUUGGGGAAUUAGGGGUGGUUUCUGGUUUCUAUCUUUUUUUUUGUAUCUAUCAGCUUAUCCGUAGCGUACUCUGU